CGCCGGCCCGUGCGUUCAGGUACGUUCACCUUCGGAGAACGAUUGCUGAUGCACACAACACCCAACACUCCUCAAGCAUCUCCCAUACCAACUUGCACAUCUUUUCGCUUCCUCCACGCGCUGCUUCGUCGUCGCUAGACCUUCAGCCAGGAGGUUGUUCUUACCCUCGCUCACUCAAGACACCGGAGGCGCCACAGUCUCGAGUGAGAUCACACGAGCAACAAUCUUCGCCUCAUCCAUCAUCCACCCCUACACAUCAACACAACCAUCAAGAUGUCUGCAGAGCCAGACCAUACCGCCGACAAGAAGAAGGUGAAGCUCGAGCAUGACCCGAGCGGUGCCGAAAGGCGCGAGCCUCAUGAAGAGGAGACCGCCACCGCCAUCCUGAGAAAGAAGAAGAAGCCGAAUAGCUUGAUCGUCACUGACGCCACUACGGAUGACAACUCCAUCAUCGCCCUCUCCAACAACACGAUGGAGACGCUGCAGCUAUUCCGCGGCGAUACCGUGCUAGUCAAGGGCAAGAAGCGGAAGGAUACCGUGCUCAUCGUGCUUGCUGAUGACGAUCUCGAGGACGGGUCAGCACGCAUGAACCGUGUAGUGAGGCACAACCUGCGCGUGAAGCUGGGCGACGUGGUCACGGUCAACCCUUGUCCGGACAUCAAGUACGCCAAGCGCAUUGCGGUGCUGCCUAUGGCCGACACCAUCGAAGGUCUCACCGGCUCACUCUUCGACGUUUUCCUUGCUCCCUACUUCCGCGAGGCGUACCGUCCGUUGAGGCAAGGCGACCUGUUCACAUGCAGAGCUGCGAUGAGAACAGUGGAGUUCAAAGUCGUCGAGAUCGACCCGCCGGAGUAUGGCAUCGUCGCGCAGGAUACUGUCAUCCACUGCGAAGGCGACCCAAUCCAGCGCGAGGACGAAGAGGGUAAUCUCAACGAAGUCGGCUACGACGACAUCGGUGGCUGCAGGAAGCAAAUGGCGCAGGUCCGUGAGCUGGUAGAGCUGCCACUCAGGCAUCCGCAACUCUUCAAGUCCAUCGGUAUCAAGCCACCGCGCGGUAUCCUCAUGUUCGGUCCUCCGGGUACCGGCAAAACUCUCAUGGCCCGUGCCGUCGCCAACGAGACCGGUGCGUUCUUCUUCCUUAUCAACGGACCGGAGAUCAUGUCGAAGAUGGCUGGUGAGUCUGAGAGCAAUCUGAGGAAAGCGUUCGAAGAGGCGGAGAAGAACAGCCCGGCUAUCAUCUUCAUCGACGAGAUCGACUCGAUAGCGCCAAAGCGUGACAAGACCAACGGCGAGGUUGAGCGUCGUGUCGUGUCGCAGCUCCUCACCCUCAUGGACGGCAUGAAGGCGCGCGCAAACGUCGUGGUCAUGGCCGCCACCAACCGUCCGAACUCCAUCGAUCCGGCCCUGCGUCGCUUCGGCCGCUUCGACCGUGAAGUGGACAUCGGCAUCCCGGACCCGACUGGCCGUCUCGAGAUUCUCCAGAUCCAUACCAAGAACAUGAAACUUGGCGACGAUGUUGACCUUGAGCAAAUCGCUUCUGAGACUCACGGCUACGUCGGUUCCGAUAUCGCGUCGCUGUGUUCCGAAGCCGCCAUGCAGCAGAUUCGUGAGAAGAUGGAUCUUAUCGACCUGGACGAGGACACGAUCGAUGCUGAGGUGCUUGACAGCCUUGGUGUCACGCAGGAGAACUUCCGCUUCGCCCUGGGCGUUUCCAACCCAUCUGCGCUACGCGAGGUUGCGGUUGUGGAGGUGCCGAACGUUCGGUGGGAGGACAUUGGUGGCCUGGAAGACGUGAAGCGCGAGCUCAUCGAGUCCGUGCAAUACCCGGUCGACCACCCGGAGAAGUUCCUCAAGUUCGGUCUAAGCCCGUCUCGUGGUGUGCUCUUCUACGGCCCACCAGGUACGGGUAAGACAUUGCUCGCCAAGGCGGUGGCAAACGAGUGCGCUGCCAACUUCAUCUCCGUCAAGGGUCCUGAGCUGCUUUCCAUGUGGUUCGGUGAGUCUGAGAGCAAUAUCCGCGACAUCUUCGACAAGGCGCGUGCGGCUGCUCCUUGUGUGGUCUUCCUCGACGAGUUGGACUCCAUCGCCAAGUCUCGUGGCGGCUCUGUUGGUGACGCUGGCGGUGCCUCUGAUCGUGUCGUCAACCAACUUUUGACGGAAAUGGAUGGCAUGACCAGCAAGAAGAACGUCUUCGUCAUCGGCGCCACCAACCGUCCGGAGCAGCUCGAUAAUGCACUCUGCCGUCCAGGUCGUCUGGACACUCUCGUCUACGUCCCUCUCCCCGACCAAGCCGGCCGCGAGGGCAUCCUCAAGGCGCAGCUCCGCAAGACUCCCGUCGCUCCAGAUGUCGACCUCGCCUACAUCGCCAGCAAGACGCACGGCUUCUCCGGUGCGGAUCUGGGCUUCAUCACCCAGCGUGCUGUCAAGCUCGCCAUUAAGGAGAGCAUCGGCAUCGCCAUUGAGAAGGAGAAGCAGCGCGAGGCUGCCGCCGGCGACGACACCAAGAUGGAUGAGGAUGUCGAUGAGGAGGAUCCAGUGCCGGAGUUGACGAAGAGGCAUUUUGAGGAGGCGAUGAGCAUGGCUCGUCGCUCCGUCACCGACACGGAGAUCAGGCGGUACGAGGCAUUUGCGCAGAGCAUGAAGAACUCGGCCGGUGGUAGCGCUUUCUUCCGCUUCCCGGAGGGCGGGGAGAACGGUGCUGGUCAGCAGGAGCAGAAUGGGAAUGGUGCCGGCGAGGAGGAUCUCUACGACUAGGAAUCUAACGCACAGAAGAGACUAGCCCAUUUUGCGCUGGGGCGACGGUAGGUAUACACGGUCACUGGACCGAGUACGAGCAUACGGGAGGUAGCAAGAACGGUUUCGGCGUCCGCUGCGGUGCAAUAGAUUGUGUUUCCGAUAACUUGUCGCCGCCGCUUAAGCGAUGCACGGUGGGCUAGUAAUGUACCAUCACACU